AGAGUGAUGCGGCAGCUGGCGGUGCCGCGGAGGGACACCAGAUAAUAAAAAGGUGUCAGUGUGGGUUCUCAGUUUUGCCGGCUUUAUCGCAACUACCAAGAGGAGCGCACGAGACCGGCAUCCCUGCGAAAUGCACUGCCUCGCCGUCGAAUUUAAUUUUACCUUUUAGUUUGUUUAAUCUUUACCAAGUUGUCAGAUUCAUUAACUUCAUGUUGCAACGAAUAACUUCUUUUAUAUCUUGACCUGAAAGUACGCGCAUUAGGUCCCUCAGCCGAGGCUGUCACUCUCUCCAUCUCUCUCAUAACACCUGAAGAGAACGGACUGACUGCGCAACCAUGGGGUAUGGGCGAUCGGAUAGCUACCGCGUGGCCACCACGCAAGAUAAAGAUGAUAAAGGAAAACCGAAGAAGAAGGGGGUGAAGGAUCUUGAUGAUCUGAAAAAAGAAGUUCCCCUGACAGAACACAAGAUGUCAGUUGAGGAAGUAUGCCGGAAAUUUCAGACAGACAUUGUUCAGGGUUUAACUAAUGCAAAGGCUAGAGACUUUCUGGCAAGAGAUGGGCCAAAUGCUCUGACCCCACCUCCCACAACACCAGAGUGGGUUAAAUUCUGCCGUCAGCUGUUCGGAGGUUUCUCCAUCUUGCUGUGGACCGGAGCCAUUCUCUGCUUCCUGGCCUACGCCAUUCAGGCUGCUACCGAAGAUGAGCCAGCUGGAGAUAACUUGUACCUGGGUAUCGUGCUGUCUGCUGUGGUCAUCAUCACUGGCUGCUUCUCCUACUUUCAGGAGGCAAAGAGCUCCAAGAUCAUGGAGUCAUUUAAAAACAUGGUGCCCCAGCAAGCGUUAGUAAUCCGUGAAGGAGAGAAAAUGCAGAUCAAUGCUGAGGAAGUGGUAGCAGGUGACCUGGUAGAGGUCAAAGGUGGAGACCGAAUCCCAGCUGACCUUAGAAUCAUCUCUUCUCAUGGCUGCAAGGUGGAUAACUCCUCCCUCACCGGCGAAUCAGAACCUCAGACGAGAUCACCUGACUGCACUCAUGACAAUCCUCUGGAAACCCGUAACAUUGCUUUCUUCUCCACUAACUGUGUGGAAGGCACUGCUCGUGGUAUUGUGGUCUGCACUGGUGAUCGCACCGUGAUGGGCCGCAUUGCCACGCUGACCUCAGGACUGGAGACAGGGAAAACCCCCAUCGCCAAGGAGAUCGAGCACUUUAUUCACAUCAUCACAGGCGUGGCUGUCUUUCUAGGAGUGGCUUUCUUCAUUCUGUCAAUCAUUUUGGGAUACUCCUGGUUGGAGGCUGUCAUUUUCCUCAUCGGAAUCAUCGUCGCUAAUGUGCCUGAGGGUCUGCUGGCUACUGUCACUGUGUGUCUCACUCUGACGGCGAAGCGUAUGGCUAAGAAGAAUUGCCUGGUUAAGAAUCUCGAAGCCGUAGAGACACUAGGAUCCACCUCAACUAUCUGCUCAGAUAAGACUGGAACUCUGACCCAGAAUCGAAUGACUGUCGCACACAUGUGGUUCGACAAUCAGAUCCAUGAAGCUGACACCACUGAAGAUCAGUCUGGUGCAUCAUUUGAUAAGAGCUCAGGGACGUGGGUGUCUCUGGCCCGUGUGGCGGCUCUGUGUAACAGGGCUGUGUUUCAGGCGGGACAAGACUCUCGGCCCAUCCUAAAGAGGGAUGUGGCAGGUGAUGCUUCUGAGUCCGCCCUGCUCAAGUGUAUUGAGCUGUCCUGUGGCUCAGUCAAGAUGAUGAGACAGAAAAACAAGAAAGUAGCCGAAAUCCCAUUCAACUCCACCAACAAAUACCAGCUGUCAGUUCAUGAGACAGAAGACACCAAUGAUAACCGCUACCUGUUGGUUAUGAAGGGGGCGCCAGAGCGCAUCCUAGAUCGUUGUUCCACCAUAAUGCUGCAGGGUAAAGAGCAGCCCAUGGAUGAGGAGAUGAAGGAGGCCUUCCAGAAUGCCUACCUAGAGCUUGGAGGACUUGGGGAGCGAGUGCUUGGAUUCUGCCAUGUCUUGCUGCCCGAGGACCAGUACCCAAAAGGCUUUGCCUUUGAUGCAGAAGAUGUGAAUUUCCAGACAGACAACCUUUGCUUUGUAGGACUGAUGUCAAUGAUCGACCCGCCCCGUGCUGCCGUGCCUGACGCUGUGGGAAAGUGCCGUUCUGCUGGAAUCAAGGUCAUUAUGGUGACCGGAGAUCACCCCAUCACUGCCAAGGCCAUCGCCAAGGGUGUGGGCAUCAUCUCAGAGGGUAACGAGACUGUGGAAGACAUUGCUGCCCGCCUCAACAUCCCCGUCAGUCAGGUCAAUCCUAGGGAUGCCAAAGCUUGUGUGAUUCAUGGAACAGAUCUGAAGGACUAUUCUCAGGAGCAAAUAGAUGAAGUUCUGCAGAACCACACUGAGAUUGUGUUUGCCAGGACGUCUCCUCAGCAAAAACUCAUCAUUGUUGAGGGUUGCCAGCGGCAGGGAGCCAUUGUGGCUGUAACAGGUGAUGGUGUGAAUGACUCUCCAGCCCUGAAGAUGGCUGAUAUCGGUGUUGCUAUGGGCAUUGCUGGGUCUGAUGUGUCUAAACAGGCUGCUGACAUGAUUCUGCUGGAUGACAACUUUGCCUCCAUUGUUACUGGAGUAGAAGAAGGCCGACUUAUCUUUGAUAAUUUGAAGAAGUCUAUUGCGUAUACCCUGACCAGCAACAUCCCUGAGAUCACCCCCUUCCUGUUCUUCAUUAUCGUCAAUAUCCCUCUGCCCCUGGGCACCAUCACCAUCCUCUGCAUCGACCUGGGAACUGACAUGGUACCUGCUAUUUCCCUAGCUUAUGAGGCUGCUGAGAGUGACAUCAUGAAGAGGCAGCCCAGGAACCCUCAGAGAGACAAACUUGUGAACGAGCGUCUCAUCAGCAUUGCUUAUGGACAAAUUGGUAUGAUCCAGGCUUUGGGUGGUUUCUUCAGCUAUUUUGUGAUUUUGGCUGAGAAUGGCUUCCUGCCUUCACUGCUCGUGGGUAUCAGACUCAACUGGGAUGACCGUUCAAUGAAUGACCUGGAGGACAGUUACGGACAGCAGUGGACAUACGAGCAGAGGAAGAUCGUCGAGUUCACAUGUCACACAGCGUUCUUUGUUAGUAUUGUGGUUGUACAAUGGGCUGAUGUCAUCAUCUGCAAGACCAGACGCAAUUCAGUAUUCCAGCAGGGCAUGAACAAUAAGAUUCUGAUCUUUGGGCUGUUUGAAGAAACAGCUCUCGCUGCAUUCCUCUCUUACUGCCCGGGCAUGGAUGUGGCCCUCAGGAUGUACCCGCUCAAGCCAAGCUGGUGGUUCUGUGCUUUCCCAUACAGUUUCUUAAUCUUUGUUUACGAUGAGGUCCGAAAGCUUCUCCUGCGCAGGAACCCCGGUGGAUGGGUGGAAAGGGAGACGUAUUAUUGAUCAAGAAAUCUUCUUUACUCACAUUCCUACAUCUUCCAUUUUGUUCUACUACUACUCUUCCCAACCAAGACAUACAACCAUCCUCUCCCGCCCUCCUUUUAAAGAGACAGCAGCUUUCAGCCAAUAGCAAGUCUCUCCCCAAAGAGGAAACCACAAAGCACCUUCCACACUCUCAAACGUCCACCUCAUGCCCCCCAUUUCCUAUAAUAAUCUUUGCAUGUAUUUUCACAUGGCUGUGUACAUAAAGUCUACUAUAUAUCUAAAGCGGGCAGCUGCAUAAUCAUUAUGUAGAUAAGAAAGAAGAUUUUGACUCAAAAAAGGGAGUAUGUACGCUCGCCUAUUAAUAAAAAAGGCCGUCCCUUCACCUGUCCUUUACAUCCAUGCCUUUUCCCUUACCCUAUCCUCCAUUCACACACAUCACACAAAACCUGUUGUUGGAUCCCAAUGCACACACCAAACUGUUUAAUAUAGGAACUUUGACUUAUUUCACUCAUGUUUUGUUAAUAAGUGUGCUUGUUGAGUGAUUUGUGUUCUUUGAUCACCAAUGGAGGUGGUUUUGGUGGCUUUGUUUAUUUUUUUUUUAUUUUCUACUUAAGUUUGAUUGACAUUGGAAUCCUCUGUCACUCUCUCUGACGUUCUUUCUCUGUCUUUGUGUGCUUGUUUGACCGCUAUAAUAACCCCAAAUGUUUCAAUACACUCUCAGUCGCUGUGUUUUAGGGAAAAUGUAAACAAUACCACAUCUGAUUAAACGAAUAAAGACAUAUCUUGGCAGAUAGAAACACUGAAAAAUAGUAUAAAAUGAUUCUCUUGUAUGUUUGAACUCAUGUGACUGAGACAGAAGAAGUCAGUUUCCUGACAGAUUUUGCACAGAAAACUAGUACGUUGUUGAACAGCAUCUCUGGAAUAAAAUCAACUGCCGUUGAAUCAACACACCAGGUUUUGUUCCAUUUCUGGACCAACCGAUUGAACCUGGUGUGUGCAGGUUCCACCACUGGUUUAUUAGGAGAUGCGAUCUGUAUGAAGCAGUGUAAGGUCUUGUUGUCUGUGUGUGUGUGUGUGUGUGUGUGUGUGUGUGUGUGAGUGAGUGUGAGUGUGAGUGGAGGGACAGUGAGCUGUUGCAGUCAGCCACUGGCUGUUCAUCUGACAGAUGUGUGAAUAUUGAGACUAAAGACAGAAGGACAAAACUUCUGGUAGAAACAUGAAUCUAAUAAAACAUCAAGUACAUUUAAUACUA